UUUUUAUUAUUAAAAACAAAAACAUUAAAUGGCAUCAUUUGGUGUUCGUGGCAUGAGCCAGAAUUUUGGCAUUAAAAUUUGUUGCUGCCGCGUGUGCACCUGCAUACAUUUCGGUUUUAUAACUUCACGGGCGGGUCUUUUGAAAAUCGUUCAAUUAGGCUUGGCAUCGCUGUGCGAGGGUCUGCUCAUUAAAUAUGGUAUACCAGCAGCUGACUCAAUUGGUCAAGCACUGACGGGAUUUCUAACAACCACAUCGUAUUGUUUUACAACGACGGCGAUUUUAUUGGCCUGCUAUUGUUUUUCGGAUAAAUCGUAUGGAUUAAUAAGGCAAUCGUUGUUUGAGGUACUUUUCAAUGUCAUAGCUUGCAGCAUGUACUUCAGUGCAGCCAGCUAUAUGGGAUUUGCUUGUGUAGUUUGGUUACAUCCACAAUUUUUAAUAAAACCCGGAUUUUGGGCAUAUCCGGCAAUGACAGCAGCCUAUUACAUGGGCUAUGCCGGUGGAAUUUUGCACGCCAUUGAUGGAUACUUGGCGUUUAGGCAUUACAAGGGAUAUCGGUAAUAUACAUCGGAAAAAUAAACACAUCCAAGGUCUCAACUCCAAAUUCAAAUCUUUCCAACGAAUCUAUUCUAGGAAAAGAUUGCAUUUGUUUUUAUAAAUUGUAAUUUAAACUAAGAAAAAAGGCAAUAUUAUUUAAGUUAUUUUAUAUACAAAAAUAUAUAAAUAUAUUUAUAUCGUUAAGUUGACAACAAAUAAAUCAAGUCUGUGUAAUUAUUUA